GGAGCCCCGCCUGGCGGUGGCCUUCGGCCGGGCCGCGGCCGCGCUGGCGGAGGACUCGGCGGCGCCAUGGGCUCGGGCGGCUCGCGCGCGGCGCAGGUGCCGGACGCGGAGCGCAUUCGGCGGGAGACGGGCUUCUCGCAGGCCACCCUGCUCCGCCUCUACCACCGGUUCCGGGCCCUGGACAGUAACAAGAAGGGCUAUCUGAGCCGCAUGGACCUGCAGCAGAUCGGGGCCCUGGCCGUGAACCCCCUGGGGGAUCGCAUUAUAGACAGCUUCUUCCCUGAUGGGAGCCUUCGAGUGGAAUUCCCCGACUUUGCCCGAGUCCUGGCUCAUUUCCGACCUGUAGAUGAUGAGGACACAGGAACCCGGGACCCCAUGCAACCCGAACCCCUCAACAGCAGAAUGAACAAACUUCGCUUUGCUUUUCAGCUCUACGACCUGGAUGGAGAUGGAAAGAUCUCCAGGCACGAGAUGCUACAGGUGCUCCGUCUAAUGGUUGGGGUGCAGGUGACGGAAGAGCAGCUGGAAAGCAUUACUGACCGCACGGUGCAAGAGGCCGAUGAAGAUGGGGAUGGGGCUGUGUCCUUCCUGGAGUUCACCAAGUCCCUGGAGAAGAUGAACAUCGAGCAGAAGAUGAGCAUCCGGAUCCUGAAGUGACCUUUGUGCGUGAGGCCAGCUUGAAAAGACCAGUUCUGCCCAGUGUUCAUUCUCAGCCCGCACGGAGGGAGGGGCUCCAAUAAACCCUUCUUCUACACUGAA